AUGCUCCCGCUACAACACCUCUUUUUCGAUCCAAAGCAGCAAGAAGUCAAAAAUGAGCUCAUCAAUAGAGGUGCUCGCUUUCUUCAACUAGCACCACGGACACAUUUAUUGUACCACGGGACAACCCUCAUCGAGUCCAAUAAAGUUCAGCACAACUAUGAUAGUUUCGAAAUCCCAGCAGCAGAGGUUCAUGGCGAGGUGAUUAUCGAUCAAGGAUCAGGAGUGCAGCACUUUCGCAAGAAGUUCUUUAAGUGGAGCCUGAAGACCGGCGGGCGUAUUGUUCAAACCCCUACAAAGGCCGACAAAAGAGAGGUUCUGGAUUUCUUCCCUAAAAAGAGUGAUGGAGACUGGGUAACGGACGUUUUCGAUGAUUCUAUAUUUGAAGAAAAUAGGCGUCAAGAGUUCAUGGGGACCACGGAAAUGGGAAUCAGUCGCAUCAUCAACAAUAUCUCAAUAUCGGACGAGGAGCGAAUGCUCCUUCCACCACGUCUGUAUGGGUACUCUUUGCUGGACCAUCGAUGGGCUUCGUUUUCCGUCAAUAUGCUUAGAGAAAUCUCCGUCACACGAGAUGAAGAAGGCUGGUCCAAGUUGGAGGACCUAGUUUUACCUGAUCAACACAAGACCAUUCUCCUGGCUUUGAUUACAAACCAGGUGCGUUUGCCUUAUGAUACAAGCUCCAGUGAUUUGGAUCCGACCCGUGAUCAAUUUUCAAUGGAUGUUGUUCCUGCCAAAGGCAAAGGUUUGAUCAUUUUACUUCACGGAGCGCCUGGUGUCGGCAAAACAUCUACAGCAGAAUGUAUUGCCGCAAAAUUGAAACGACCUUUACUACCAAUCACUUGCGGAGAUAUUGGUAUUAACGCCCAAGAGGCUGAGAAAAACCUUGACACCUUUUGCACUCUGGCCCAUCGGUGGAGGUGCGUCCUCUUGUUGGACGAAGCCGACGUUUUCUUGGCAAAACGUGAGCGCGGUGAUAUCAAAAGAAACAGUCUGGUUUCCGUAUUUCUGCGAGUGUUAGAGUACUUUUCCGGAGUCAUCAUACUGACAACCAAUCGAGUUGGCGAGUUUGACGAAGCCUUUCGAUCGCGAAUCCAUAUCUGUCUCUAUUAUCCAAAGCUGAAACAAGCCCCAACCAAAGAAAUUUGGGAUAAGAACAUCCAGCGAAUCAAGAAAAGUGACCUGGACAUCGAUAUUGACGAAAAGAAGAUCAAAAAAUAUGUCGAUGAACACUGGAAGAAAAACUUGAACCGACCCACCCGGCGCUGGAAUGGCAGGCAAAUCAAAAAUGCAUUCCAGACAGCCAUCGCGCUCGCCAAUUGGGACUUUUUUGAGGAAGGCAACAUCUCUGGUCUGGAACGACCCCGCAUCACAGUAGGCCACUUCCGACAUGUGGCCAAAAUCACUGCGCACUUUGAUUAUUACAUCAGUGAUAUACAUGGAGUUCCUGAAGAGGACGCUUAUGGUGCUCAUGCAGAGAGGGAAGGACUUCGCAAGGAUGAUCGUCCAACCCCGAGCUACCGCAAUCAAGAGAAUAUACAUAGGCGUCGAGAGACAGCACCAAAAUCACUCCGACGCGAGCCCUCCUAUGAUAGUUUUAUGAGCCGUGAUGAGGACCCUAGUCAGGAAGACAACGGAUCUGAGGCCAUGAUAGAUAGGGAUGAUGAUGAUGCAGACUCUGAUUAUGAUGAAAUCAAACAGUUGGAGCUUAAGUUGAAGCUUGCAAAACUGAAGAAGGGGCGCAGGAAUAAAAGUACGACGCCAUGGCAACGGGGCAAAGACGAUGAAGAUAGGGUUUCGAGGUCUCGGGAAGACUAA